AUGAACGAUGUAGCACUGUCGGAGAUCUCUGCAGUGCUGUCGGAUGCAUCGUUCAUGAACGACGCAUCCGACCUGUCGCAUACAUCUGCGGCUAUUGUAGCCGGCAGUGCUGUAUCGUUCAUGAACGAUGCAUCCGACAGUCCCGGCAGUGUUGUAUCGUUCAUGAACGAUGCAUCCGACCUGUCGCAUACAUCUGCAGCGAUUGUAGCCGGCGGUGCUGUAUCGUUCAUGAACGAUGUAGCCCUGUCGCAUACAUCUGCAGCAAUUGUAGCUGGCGGUGCUGUAUCGUUCAUGAACGAUGUAGCCCUGUCGCAUACAUCUGCAGCGAUUGUAGCCGGCGGUGCUGUAUCGUUCAUGAACGAUGUAGCCCUGUCGCAUACAUCUGCAGCGAUUGUAGCCGGCGGUGCUGUAUCGUUCAUGAACGAUGUAGCACUGUCGCAUACAUCUGCAGCGAUUGUAGCUGGCGGUGCUGUAUCGUUCAUGAACGAUGCAUCCGACAGUCCCGGCAGUGUUGUAUCGUUCAUGAACGAUGCAUCCGACCUGACAUCUGCAGCGAUUGUAGCUGGCGGUGCUGUAUCGUUCAUGAACGAUGUAGCCCUGUCGCAUACAUCUGCAGCGAUUGUAGCCGGCGGUGCUGUAUCGUUCAUGAACGAUGCAUCCGACCUGUCGCAUACAUCUGCAGCGAUUGUAGCCGGCGGUGCUGUAUCGUUCAUGAACGAUGUAGCACUGUCGCAUACAUCUGCAGCGAUUGUAGCCGGCGGUGCUGUAUCGUUCAUGAACGAUGUAGCCCUGUCGCAUACAUCUGCAGCGAUUGUAGCCGGCGGUGCUGUAUCGUUCAUGAACGAUGUAGCACUGUCGCAUACAUCUGCAGCGAUUGUAGCUGGCGGUGCUGUAUCGUUCAUGAACGAUGCAUCCGACAGUCGUAGGAUGCAUCGUUCAUGA